CCACACACUGUUAUGCAUAUGCACUGUCUGUUAUGCCACGUAAACAAACCACGUACAUAUCAGCUGUACGGUCAACAUCAGACUAGAGACGUAACCACUUGAAAGAUGGGAGAGUAGUACUUGUUACUAGUAGUACGUGUAUUACUUAUGGAAAUAAGCAGACAACUAAAUGAACUUACAGCCAUUGCUUUAUGACAGCUAUCACAGAGAGUUCGAGGAGACUGAAAAUGAGCACCACGCAGUCCUGGUUUCACCAAUAGUGAACUACUUCCUGUCAGACUUUAAACUUAAAUGGCAAAAUAAACAUUAUUCAACAUUUUAAUUUUUUUUUUCCAUUUUCCCUUACCUAGCACAACCCAUUUAUGAUAAAGUUUGUCACAACAAUUUUUUUAAAUUACUUUUUUAUUGAAAUUAAUAUGUAGAUAUGUAGACAUUAACGGAAACAGGGAGCAGUUCUCCAUUUUCCUCUUGGCAGUUCUUCGAGGCAGAAGAUCUGAGUAGUGCUCAUUUUCAGUCAUCUUCCAUCCUUCUUUUUUAGUUCUCCAAAAGCAACUGCUUUUAACGGGGAGCCCCACUCCUACACACGAUUCAACUUGACCCAGAACAUGGAAGGCGACAACAGCCAGGUGGAGAUGAAGCUGUCGUCCGACAUGGACGAGGAGGUCGGGGGAAACGGCGUGGGAGAAAACCUCAAUCACAACUCCAACCGCAAACCCUACGUGGCUCAAAAGCUCGGAUGCACGCCGAAGAACCUCUGCUUCAUGGCCGCCGCCACCCUCCUCAUCUUCAUCAUCGGCUACUUGAUCGGCUACCUUGUUCAUCAAAAGAAGGAUGUGACUCCCAUCUGUGCAGCCUCCGUGGCCACUUUUGAAGAAGCAGAUGCCAUCGAGACCGGUGCCGCCCCCCUCAUGGACUGGGACGAUGUCAAAAAGCUCCUCGCUCAGAAACUCACCGCAGCCAAAUUUGAACCGGUCUUCAGUGAGUUUUCCAGUGCCAACCACCGGGCUGGUUCUCCAGGUGACGAGGCUCUGGCGAUCAAGGUGAUCAAGAAAUUCCAUGAGUACGGCAUGAAAUCCUGGACCAAUGAGCACUUUGUUAAGGUUGACGACCCCCCAGCUUCUGGCUCCAACAGUUUUGUUUUCAAGAGCGGGAGGGAGGAACGUCCAGAGGGCUUCCUGUCCUACAGCGCCAAUGGAACAGUAACGGGUGCCGUCUUGUAUGCAUAUUACGGGCGGGAAGAUGACUUCACGUUUCUGCGGGACAAGAGCAUCAACCUGAACGGCAGGGUCAUGCUGGUCAGAGCUGGUAGGAUCAGCUUUGCCGAGAAGGUCGCCAAUGCUGCCAAAACGGGUGCCUCUGCUGUGCUGAUCUACGCGGACCCCGACGAGUACUCUAUUGGAGCAAACACUCAGCUCUUUGGACAUGUCCACCUGGGUUCAGGGGAUCCCUACACCCCAGGCUUCCCCUCCUUCAACCACACCCAGUUUCCCCCCGUCCAGUCUUCGGGCCUGCCGAAAAUCUUGGCUCAGACCAUCACAGCAGCCAUGGCUACCAGCAUUCUGAGGCAGCUCGGGGGUCAGAAUAUGCCGGUGCAGUGGGGAGGCCCCAACAAACUGGGAGAGGAGAGCGACGUUAUCACCGUGUCGGUCAACAACGUUCUUGCCGAGAAAAAGAUCAAUAAUAUCUUCGGGGUCAUCAAAGGCUUUGUGGAUGCAGAUCGAUAUGUGGUUAUCGGCGCCCAGAGGGAUGCCUGGGGUGCAGGUUUUGCCGCGUCGACCGUCGGCACCAGCGUCCUUGUUGAGCUGGCACGUUCCAUCUCAGAUAUGGUGAAGAACGACGGAUUCAAGCCGAGGAGAAGCAUCGUGUUUGCCAGCUGGAGUGCCGGAGAAUAUGGGAGUGUUGGCGCCACCGAGUGGCUGGAGGGUUAUGUUACCUCUCUGAGCAUGAAAGCCUUCUCCUACAUCAACCUGGAUGGAGUUGUAACAGGUCCCAAAGGAUUUAAAGUGGCAGCCAGUCCCUUGAUGCACAGCCUGAUCCAGAGCACUAUGAACGAGGUGAACUCCCCAAACAAGGCUGGGACUCUCUCUUCUCAAUUUGCGAGGGGCAACUGGGAGACAUCUGUGUUGGAGCCUCUGAAGAUGGAUAAUGCUGCGUAUCCUUUCCUCGCCUUUUCUGGCAUUCCCUCGGUCUCAUUUGGAUUCACCUCUGGUACCUCGGACUACAAGUACUUUGGCACAAUGCUGGACACCCGGGAGAAUCUGAACUUGGUGACGGGCAACCAGGUUCCUCAGCUGGCUGAAAUAACGACCCGGUUCGCGGGUCACAUGGCGCUGAGGCUGGUCCACGAUCACCUGCUGCGGAUGGACGUGAUGAAGUACUACAAGGUUAUAAGCAUGCAAGUGGGGAAGAUCAACGUGAAAGUCAACGCUGUUCAGAGGAUGCAGCCCCAGCUGUUGCCCAAGGCCCUGUCAAUGCAGUGGUUGAUCUUUGCCACCAGCUCCUACAGCCGCGCCUCCAGCAGGCUGAUGGCAGACAUCCAGAACUGCGACCUGGAGGACAUCGAGAUGUGCCGUAUCAUUAAUGACCGCAUAAUGACGGUGGAAAGGAACUUCCUGUCGCUCUAUGUGUCUCCACAAGAGAGCCCUUUCCGCCACAUCCUGCUGGGCUCCGGACCUCACACCCUCAAGGCUGUGUCCAACCACCUGGACGCCCUCAGGACCGACGACUCCAAAGCAGACGCCGACCUGUUCCGCAAGCAGUUCGCCCUGGCGACCUGGACCAUUCAGGGCUGUGCCAACUCACUAGCAGGGGACAUCUGGUCUUUGGAUAAUGAAAUGUAAAAAGUUAAUUCACCCCCCUCCUCCUGCUUUGUUCAUGAUUUGACCCUCUCAUCACAACCGGAGUGAAAACCAGUAGGCUGUGAUCAUUAACCAACAGAUGCACAGCUUUUUAAUUUAAUUUAGUGGAGCCGUUACUGAACGGAUACCAAUAUCACAGUCAUCCCCUACAACAUUUGAGUGAUGAGCUCAUCUUCCAUCUUUCUGAAAUUCUCCAUAAAGCCAAACAUUAAUGAUACAAAUGUACUUAAGCCUUAAAGCCUUAACAAAAAUAAACUUUAGAGGGUCAUUUUCUUUUUCUCCAUUUUGGAAAGAAAAAUUCUUCAAUAACUUUAACAUGUGGCAUUUAAUUACCACAUUCUGAAUACUUUGGUGCUACCUUCAAAUAGCCAUGUUAUGUGGCAGUACUACUUAAAAUGAUGUUACCCUCAUGAAUGAGUUGAAUGUAGUGAAACUGAGGCUUCUUCAGCACAGUAUCAUCAGGUCACAAUCACAGGACAGGCUGUGUUUGCCAGCUCAGAGACGAAUGAAACGCAAAAAAGGCCAGUAUGAUAUUAUAAGCUAACGACUUUCCAUCUGUUUACCAUAAUUAUUACAAAUCAAAUCUGCUGGUAUUUUUCCACUGGUGCUGUAGCCUCGCGUUCAAACCUGAGCUGGUUCGUAUUGGUAGCUAUAAUUACAUACUGUGCUGAAAUCUGCUACUCAACUCAGAGAUUCAGAAGGUGCUGAAAAAGGACCGAAGAUUAUUAACCAUAAUGACGCAUUCACACCAAGCGCGGAGCGAACUUUUCACGUGACACGAUUCCAUAGAAAGUCAAAGCAAAAUGUGUCAUUCACGUAUUCGUAAAAAUGUGUGUGACGCUGUGUCGUGAAAGCCUAUCAGCGCUGAGAUUUUCCCAUGAUUUACUGAUGUAGUUGAAUCAGAGAUGGAGGACAAACUUAUUGUGGCCGUUUGCAGGCACCAAGAGCUACGAUAGCACCUCAUAUUUUUACAGAGACGGGACGAAACUCUAUGUCUAUUAGGGCUGUGUUAUAGCACGAAUCUGGCAAUACAAUACGUUCAUUAUACAGGGGUUACGAUUCAAUAUACUGCGAUAUGUUUAAUUAAUUAAAUGACAGCCUAAUCUGUUUAUUUUGGGUAGCGACGUGUGGCUUGCUAGAUAGGCGACAGUCAGUGCAAUGACACUGUAUGUGAAUACAGCAUGGUGAAAUUCACAGAGCCCCGCCGGCGUUUUUUCCGACAUGUCUGGGACUUCCGCAACAUGUACAAAGCAUCAACAGUGGUUAUUUCUUCCAUGGUUGAUGGUGGAAAUAGCAGAAAGAGAAGUUGAUGUUGGUAUCUAUGGAGACGAGCCCCUUCUCCUCUCCGGCGCGUCUAGAACGAGUAACGCGAAUGAACACGAAUGAUCCCGGCGGUCCAACUCAUGCGAGUAAAGCGAGGCGAAAAUUCGCUUGGUGUGAAUGCGACAUAAUACAGUUGUGUUGCACGUAGAAAUAGAUUUUUGGGACAAUCAGCUGGCAUCGUUUAACACUCGUGCAGCAUUGAUCUUUUUAAGAGAAGUCCUAAUUACAUGCAACAAUUUAAAAAAA